AUGGUCGACUUUGUCGCGUCCGUGGUCGACGCGGUCGCGUCGCAGCCGCUCGAACAGGACACGAUGCGGCGCGCGUUCCUCAAGCAGCUCAACGAGGCCGAGGGGCGCAAGCCGGUCACGUUCAGCAGCGGUCGGGCGAAAAAAAGCUUCAACGUCCACCACUGCCGCGACUUUAUCCUGGCGUGCGUCAACGAGAUCGUGGACCUGGACGAGACCGACCCGUCCUUCGACUAUGCAGAGUCGUGCGCCGACUCGACGAGUGACUACCCGUGGCGCGCGCCGAAAGCUAAAUGCUCGUCACCGUCGCUGACUGAGCUGCUUGUGCGGCCGGCAUCGCCGCUCGCAAAGACGGGCGCCGGCUUCGACUACAUCGAGACGCUCUCGACGCCCGCGCCCGAGGACAUCGCGAGCCACCUGCGCCGGCUCAUCCGAUUGCACAACGAGCAGCACUCGGAGUCUACCGACAACGCGUUCAGCAAGGUGCACGCAUACGCGCGCUCGAUGGCGCAGAAGCGGCGCGCGUUUGCAGCCUUCAAAGAGGCGAUGCCCAUGGAGCCGGCGAGUCCGCUCAAGAAGGCGACACGGCACGGACCGCUGGCGACCAAGCGCUUUGUGUUCAACGUGCUUCGGCGCGAGCUGCCGGCGAUGGCGGCGGAGAGCCCGCUAAAGAAGAGCCCGCUCAAGGAGUUUGCAACCAAGUACAAUUCGUUUUCCAAGUUAAAGGCGCACCGCAACGGGUCGCCGACGAACCGGCAGCGCAAACAGCGGGCGCUGCAGCAACUCAAGGCGCAGUCAACCAACACCAAGAUCCUCGUCCAGCCGCGGGUGGCGCCGUCGUGGCGCCAGUCGCUCCGGGACUUUGCAAUUGUCGUUCUCGGCGUCUUGCUCGCCUUGGCCGCCGUCGAGGAAUUCCAGCGCUAG